AUGCACCAGGAAUAAGAUGGCCGACGGGGCUACGGGAAAAGGGCAGGGACGUCGAGUGAUUCGAGGAUCGGUAUAUUGAAUAUGAGAUAUUCACGUAAUGCCCUCGAAAUUGACGGUUCGAAUUAUCGAUAAAUAAUUCGUUAAGUGAUCGCGUUCGUAUUUGUAAUAUUAAAAUAGGAUUAAACGCGUGUUCGUCCUCGUAAGAAUCGUGAUUUAAAAAAUAAAAAUAAAACAAAAGAAAUCAUUCUUUUUUUUUUCUUAAUUCAAGUAAAAUUACACACCUAUUUAAAUAACGAAAGAAAAAAAAACGAACAACCAAAAAAACAAAGAAAAGAAAGAAACCUAUUCGCAGGGCAAGUGGCAGCGCAAGGCCUUCUUGCCAGAGAUAUUUCGUAUCCCCUAUCGAUCGGGACUUGGAGCAUAGGAAUAUCGAACGUAAGCCCAAUAUGACGAUUCACUGAUCGAGAAUGAUGCACGAUCAAGUUAAUACUUCGUGGUAGGUUUAACCCUAGGGGUGGCAGUUAAAAUGUGAAGAAGAAAUCAAGAGUUGGUACGAUGAAGCCACAGAAGAAGGCGGUAACAGCGCGUAAGGGCGCCGCGGCGCCUGCCGCCGCUAAAAAACGACGAGCAUCCCCGGAGAAACUGACCUCCGACCCACCGAAAAGGGACAAGAAGACGGAUGAAAAAAAGGGAAAACGCACCGAGGGAACGGCCAUGCUGCAGGCUUUGACGAAGAAAUCCGAUAAAUCUGAAGAUCUGAAGAAAAAGGCGGUGGAGAAGUCGCCGGACGAUAAGAGGAAGUCCGACAAAAUUGAGGACAGGAAAAACAAGGCGGAGAAAUUUGACGAUAGGAAGAAGACGGAUAAGGUCGAUGAUCAGCGGAAGAGGAUACCCAACGAUAAGUUGGAAUUAGAAAAGCGUAACGGUACGGUGGACAAGAUAAUCGAGGAGGUGAGCAAAAAGCCUGAAGAAUCGAGUAAGAAGAAAUUGGAGAAGAACGAGGAUAAGAAAAAGCAGAGCAAAGACCACGAUAAGAGACACGAAAAAUUGGAAAAAAUCGAGGAGAAAACUGACGAGGAAAAGGAUGAGACAGUUAUCAAGGUUGGUUCCACGGAAAAAAAGAAGCCGCCUGCCGAAGAAUCGGGGAAGAGUGUUCAGCGCGUGGAGGAAACUGCUGCAACAGAAGAGAAUUUAGAGAUAUGCGAACCUGUCGUGGCGACGAAAAAGAAAAUGAGCAAGUCGGAUGAGAAAAAGACGAAAGAUUCAAAGGUGGGUAAAAAAAGUGAAAAAAAGAAAUCCCCCGAAAAAGAGAAUGGAGGUAAAAAAUCAUCUCCAAAUACGAAAGGAAAGAAAGAAGCAAAGGUGAAACAACCGCGCAAAAAGCCUGCGGUGAAAAAAACAAUUAUUGUUAAAAAAAUAGCGUCUCGAGCGCCGGUCUCGAAAAAAAUGAUGCAAACUAAAUUGAAGCUAGUCAAAAGUUUGAGUAUCGAAGACUCAAAAAAUGUGGAUCCACGAGAACCGGAAGGCGCCAAGGUAGCGAAGAAGUCGAAGAAAAAGUCACCACCACCUCCACUAUCAGCUGCGACGAAGACUAAAGUAAACAAAAAGGGGCCGCAGUUAGCGAAACAGAUGAAAUCAAAGGUGGCACCGCGAAAGUACAUAAAAGCAAAUGCAACAUCUUCGACGAAAAAGGAAGAGAAGAUGAUAAAAUUGGCGGAAAAAAUAGUCGGUAAGAAGAAGAUCGACAAUUCAGCUACGCAGCCGGAUAACGUAAAGAACUUGUUGCAGCACUGCCCUGUCAACAAGGACGAUUCGCUGUUUGAAAAAACGCCGGAUCUUGAACUCGAGUCAAAAGACAUAAAAAGAGAAGUGGUUGACACAAACGAGGUCGGAGAUUACAAAUCUUGGAACAAAACUUCGGAGGGUAAUAAAAAGUCUGGGAAAAGUAUAAGCUGCAAAACGAAAAUGGCCAAGCCGAAAGUAUCGAAGAAGUGCGCAAAGGUUGCGAACUUACGCGCAUCGGACAACUCUGACCGGAAAUCUGACACUUCGGACGAAGUAACGCUGGAGGAUCUCUUGAAACAGUCGAAAGCAGUUGACCAAAACGGUGCAGAAAAGUUCAUUCUUAGCCAGUCAAAAGAGGAGAACAACUGCGACGAUGUCCAGUCGCUCAGAGUUGAUUUGAAGCUCGAAACCGACGACAGGGACGAGUCAUCCAUAUCCGCGUCAUCCGGCGGUGAGGAGAACGACGAUCACGACGGGGAUGACGACGACGACGACGAAGACGACGAGGAGGAAGACGAGGAUGACGAGGACGGCGACGAAGACCAGACAAAGGGUCAAGCGGCGACCGCGAAGAACAAAAACCGCAAUUCGAAGAAGAACCGGGACCGGAAGAGCCCGUCGUCAGACGCCUCCUCGGAACGCGUGCGGAGGAUGCGAUUGUUCGGAUUUUGGACAGGACCAAAGCGUCACCGGGUGGCCUCAUUGAAUGCCUUAGCGAAAGUUCAUUGUCUGUACGAAAACGAAACGGGUGGUGUUUAUCUAGGUGGAUACUGCAAGCCUAAACCGGACAAAGACAAGCAGACGAAAAAAGGGAAGGAAGAUAAGGAUAAGGAUAAGGACAAGGAAGAGGGAACGGAAAAGGAUUUAACAUCGGCGAAAAAGGUUGAAACAAAGCCAGCGAAGAUCGAAGAAGUAUCCCCGAAGCGGAAACUGAGGAACGUACCUGGCUUACGCGGAAAACACUGGGACAUGAUGGAAAGUUCUUCGUCCUCUUCGUCCUCCGACGAGGAGCACCAACGCGCCUCGGACGAGCGCAAGAACUUGGAGGCGAGUAAAAAGAAAGUGACGAAAAGACGAAAGAAGAACGAGGAAGUAAUGGACCUGAAGGAUAUGGUCGUGUGCAAACGUAUGGCUAGCCUGAACGCCUCGGCGAUACUGGCCGCGUCUUAUUCCGACGAGAAGUAUCACUGCAGAGAUUCAACGACGAGCGACUCUUCGAGCGAUUCGGAAGUCGAGGUGGUCAGGAGGCGGAAGCAGAGCGACUCCGAGGCGGAAAAACAAAAGUCACGUCAGGGCUCGCAAUCAGACCCGGAAGAAGUUAUCAAGCAGCCAAAAAAAGUCGUCAUCGUUAACCAGGACACCGACGUUACCAUCACAGGCGUCUACGUUAACCAAACAAGAUCUACACACCGCGAAGAAUUCUGCAGCAUCGCCGGUAUGCAAUACCGUAUUAGUUCGACAAGUCAUACGCAAACCGCGGCCACCGCGGUCGCAACAGAGAUUCACGAGCAUCCGAAGCCCGAACAGCCGAGCAAGUCGUACACUCCCCUGGGAGCCCUGUCCUCGAUGCAACCACCGGGAAGUCAAGGUCCACCCCAUCCGCCAAUGUCGCCAAGAAGACACUCCGCGUUUUCAGCCCCCCAUCAGCACGGAUAUUAUCAGCCGGCUGGACCACUGAUACAGCAUCCUCCAACGCUGCCUCCGGUCAAGGGUCCUCCACCAGAACCAACCCCUACGCCACCACAGAACUCCGAGGGUUCCGAUGACCUGGUAGCGACUUCAACUACUUCCGGCGGUACGACGAGCGGUGGCGCAGGUGGCGGAAGCUUCUACAGGACGUAUUGUCCUCAGUACUACGGCACCCCACCGCAAUAUCAAGAACUUUGUUACCCGCCAACGUACUCGCAUCCGCAUUCUCAUCCACCGCCUUAUUACAAGUACGCCCCAACUUACAGACGCCAGUACUAUGGGUACCAAGAAUCAGGUGGCCCUGGUGGUGGAGGUUCUGGUGGCGGAGGUGGACCAGGAGUGGUCGAGUAUCAACCACCUCCACCACCACCUGCAGAAUAUCCUCCACCUCCAUAUUACGGCGGCUAUCCACCGCCACCACCGCCCCCUCCAGCCCCUGGAAAUCCAGCAUACAUGCACCCCCAAGGAAGACCUUUCGUAGAUCACGCAGCCUUUCAAGGUUGCCCGUGCCCGAUGCAGUCGUGUCCAAAAAACGUGGAUACUGGGCCCCUUAUUGGUAAUGGUAAGGGGGCGCCAGUGGGCUCAGGGCCCGGUCUGUCAUUGCCGCCCAGUGCUUUGGUAGGGCCCCCGUCACCUGCUAGGGGCCUAGCUGGACUGGCGCCCCCCCAUGGUGCCAAUGCCUGGGACACAGAUCGCGUCCAAAUCAACAAUCAUUGUAAUCUCACGCUGAAUCAACCGCCACCCCCUCCGCAGCACAAUCAAAACGGUGGUCACAAUCACACACAGAAUCAGGAUUGUAGAGCAAAGGAUGAGAAGAGUUGUCAGAACAACAAGUUGUCACAAUGCAACUGCCAAAAACAUGCCUGCACAUCGACGACAUGCGAAGUGAAGACUGAAACUUUAUCGCCUAAUGAAAAGUUGCCAACAACCGUGCAAUGUACCAAUAAUAAAUUACCAAACUUUAAACAAGAGAAUAACAAUGUUAAAUGUGAAUCUUGUAGUGAGAAGGUGAGUGAUGAUAUACCUUGUGAAGCAAAUUGCAACGUCAAAUGUGAAUCUGGUUAUAAAUGUGAAAUAAAAUGCGAACAGUGCGUUAAGGGACAGAUGGCUGUUUUGGAUAUGGAUAAAGAUUCUGGAAUCCUGUUAAUCGAUGACAAGUUGGAAGGCGAUAGUGUUAAAGAGGAAUUAAAUGAUGUUGUUUUGAUUGAAAAUGACAACUGGAAAAAACCAGAUUAUGAGUCGACGGUCCAAGAAACAGUAGAGGAGAAAGAAAUUUCUGAUAAACUUGUUGAUAUUCAAGAACAACCAAAGUGUCAAAAAGUAACAAAGCGUAAGUUAUCCCUUGAUAGUCUGUCUGACAAUAAGAAGAAGCGUAAAAUUAAUAAAAGGACUUUGUCAGUUGGUUCAGUUAGAGAUUUAGCUAAUAGUGCUCAAAAUUCAAAAUUACCACUAUUAAGCAAUGAGACAAUUCAGUCGACAGAAAAUGUUCAGAAGAAAAAGUACACCAGGAAAGAGACGCAAAACAAAAAACGAAAAUCCGAAUUGGCAAGCCAGUGCGAACCUGCAGUAAAGAAAACCAAGACUUUAAAACUGCCGAAUAAUCUCGGCAUUCCUAGCAUUAAGCAAAAUGCAAGUGAAACUUCAAUAAUGGAGACGAUAAACAGCGUAAUUGAACAAGGUUUAAAAAUAACGAAGAAGAAUGAAAAGAAUUGCAAAAUCAGUGAACCAACCGAGCGGAAGAAAGUUGCAAACUUGUUAUCAACGUUGAAAAAGGUUGGGAAAAAAACAAACUUGCCUAAAACAGUGCCGGGUAAAAUCAGUUUGGUUGAGAUAUCUGAAAUAAAGAAUAGUCAAUACAAGAUCCAAUGUGAAGCAACAAAUGGACGGUCUCGAGAAUCAAAACUCAAGUUACAAGAUGCUAAGCCUAAAACUAAAGUCAAAACGAAAAUUCUCAACACUAAAACCAAAAUUGAAGACACUAAGUCUUUAGCAGAGGAUUCAAAAUUGACGUCAGAAAUAUUAAAGCAAAGUGAAACUAUUGCUAAAGCCAAAGUAAGCGAUUUGACCUGCCACAGUGUAUCAACGCAUACUGAUAUCAGGAAACCAACGCUAAUAAAAAAUAGGCGUAAGAGCUCGAAGAAGUCUAUCAACAAAAAGGCAUGUGUCAAGUCUGAGGAAACCCUAGCUGUUGAAGAAAAUUUAGCACUCAUUAGAAGACCGAGUUUAAAACCCAAAUGGAGCAAUGGUUGGAGUUGGGAAGGAGAACCAUACGAGGCUAAGGUUUACUUGACGAAUGAGGAAUUAGCAUUUCGACGCUGCUAUGCGAGCAUGAAGCACGUAAGCGGCGAUGUCCUGAAACCUCGAGAUUGUGUCCUGCUUAAGAGCGGCGUACGGAAAGCAGAUCUACCAUAUGUGGCAAAGAUUGCCGCGCUCUGGGAGAAUCCACAUGAUGGUGAAAUGAUGUUUUCCUUGCUGUGGUACUAUCGACCCGAGCACACGGAACAGGGGCGAACGCAAUGUGAUACAGAGGAUGAAGUAUUCGCAUCGAGACAUAGAGAUGCAAACAGCGUUGCUUGCAUAGAAGACAAGUGCUAUGUCCUAACAUUCAAUGAAUAUUGCCGAUACCGCAAAGAUUUACGAAGAUUACAAGAAGGGCUGGAAUCACCUGGUCUAAUUGUACCACGCGGAGAUCAGUUGUAUCCAAGAGUUAGCCGGUUACCGCCAUUACCAGUGCCUGCAGACAUUGUGUUAUUUUGUCGACGAGUUUACGACUAUCGUGGUAAAAAAUUGGUCAAGAAUCCUGGAUGAUUCUAGUUUUUGUGGAGCAAAGUGAAUAGGAACAAAUGAAAUGCACAAAAGAAAGAUAACAAAGAAAAAAUUUGUGAACCGUGUAAAACUGCACGCAGGUCUCUUAUCACUUAUUGUUAUAGGCAAGUUUUAAGGCCAGAGAGUCUGCAAUGAUGAAAUAAUUACAUCAUUAAGGUUAAUCAACGUAUUGUGAUAUAUUUGUAUACACAUUUGCAAAUAGUAAAUGCAGUCACAUAACGUCCACGAUCGUUUCAUCUUUCUCUCUUUCUGAAGGAGUGAAAUGGUAUUUUCUGAAUACAUCUUCUACGCAAGCUCGUAUCAAAGGACGUGUCGAUGCGAUAAUAAUUUCGGAAAAUUCGUUGAAAAAAGUUCCAUUAUACAACCCCGCUUAUUCUUCAACUAAACGAAUACCUAAGCUUCAACAAUUACAUCAGUGUCUCAAAUCCAGCUUUCUCAUUUGUAAAUAUGAUUAUAAUUCUGCCAGAGGAGACACAUUGAAUUAAUCUGCUAUUAUUGGCACACGAACAAUACGAUAUUAUUGAGAUUGCAGGAUGAUUACACAAUAUUCUUUCAUCGAAUGAUAUUUUCUGCUUUUCAUACCUUAAAUGUCUAUUAUUUCAUCACUGAUGCCGCUCUGUAUUAAUUACUGUAACAGACAUUUUUAGAAAAUUUCAUAAUUUUAUAGAGAGAAUAUUUAUAUUUUUUGCGAAAUAGUAUUUACACGUUUACAAUAUAUUUUUGAAAGAGGCGAAUGAUUCCAUUAUUUACGGUAAAAGAACUUUUAUAAACCUUCGAGCAGUUUCAGAUGGGAAUCAAACGCAAAUACGACCAUUUAGCGAAAAUAGAAAUAAGCCUCUACCCAGGUAAGCUAAGGAUAUCUAAUAGUUUAGCCCUAACACGUUACAAGAGACUUCCAUUCUCUAAGUAUAUGUUCUCAUUGGUUUAAGGCUUGAAAUUAUUCUGCAUUAGCGAAUAGUGUACGCAAGAAACAUCAAAGUAUUUCAAAAUGUUAUUUCAAUCACAGUCGAUGCCUUCAGAUCUAGAUGCUAAUGUGAUGCAAAGAUAAUAUUAUUUUACCGAAAAGCGGUAAAAAAGAGAAGUAACAAAUGUUUUCCUUUUCUUUUUUUACUGAAAACAACUUUCCCAUUACGGAAGUUUUAGAAAACGAUUCUGUGUGAAUUUAAAUUGUGUACGUAUAACAGAUUUCAAAGUACUUUAAAACGAAUGCAUGGUGAUUUCAAAAAUAUAUAAUCUUAAUCUUACGAGCAAAUAUUACAUCUGGAUCUAGAAAGUGUCAAAACACUAUAAUUUGCGGACAAAGUUUGCAUCGUAAUUAGAUUUUACUAACGAUUAAAAAUGAUCUUGCAUACAACCUGAAUCAGUACUUUUGUAAUUGAGUUGUAAUAUUUCUUUGGCAUCGGUGUUUACAUACCUAAGAAUUGAAUUAGGCGUUCGGAAUUCUUCAGUAAUUUAAAUAUCAGCUAAGCAGUGAUAUAGAACAAUUAUUGCGAUAAACAAUAAAUUCCAAAUGGAAAAUCAUGAACAUUAAUUAACCAUUUACGUUGUUAGCAGUAGGUGUUUUGUUAAAAAUUAUAUUAUUUAAAAUUAAUAUAUUAUUGAUGAUGAUUAUUUAAUAUCUAAUAUAUUGGACCUAGGUUAUAAGUUAUUUCCAAUCGAAAGGAAAAAAAAAAACAAAAAGCUUAAAAAAAGAAAAAAGCAAAGAAACCAUUUGAAAGACCGUCAUACCAAAACAUUCUUUCAUUUUCAAAAACCAUUUGAUCAUGAUUUAAUAUAUUUUAUUAAUUUAUCAUUUGUUAUUAUUUAGAAACACCUAAUAACAAACAGCGUGUUAGUAAUUAAUUUUAUAUUCCUUUUUAUCGUGUAAGGAAAUCGGAAAGUGUAAUUUUUGAUAACAAUUUAUCAAUGAAAUAAUAAGAGACGUGCAGCCAUGUCAAAGAUCGCCGAGCGCAGAGAGAUGAAUAAUUUAAUGUAUCAAAAAUUAAUUCCUAGAAUGGUUAACAUGGGAACAUUGCACAGAAAUGCAUAUCCUCUGUUCAUUUGUAUAGGGAUGAAUCUAAAAACAAAGUGAAGAAAAAAAAAAAACGAAAACAAAAAAACAACACUGUAUCCAUAAUUUAUUCUUAAGCCUAGAAGUAAAACGAAAAGCCAUGAUGCUGGCUGUUGCAUUUGUUUUAAUCAAAAAAAAAAAAAAAAUCAGUUUGUGAAAUAGAACUAAAUAAAUUCCAUGCACGGCGCUUGAUGGUUCGCUGUUGAAAAAUAUUUGUUUGACUAUUUCAUGAAAUAUUGUAAUUGUCAUUUUUACUAGCCGAAACAUGUGUGUUUAUGUUAAUCGAUAAACCAAUAUAAUAUCACAAAUC